AUGGAAGACUUUUCGCAAUCACGAGGCGAAGACGACCUCUUCGACGACGAAAUCGUGCCUUUCGAUGUCCCUCCAUCCAACUCUCCGGAGAGAGUUGCCGCGCAGUUAGAACAAGUCUCCCUUGAGUCUACGAGUACACCACAGCCAGCAAUUUCUACUACUGCACAACCCGCCGUAGCAGUUACCAGUACAGCGCCGCCGUCACAGCCCAGCAGAGACCAGAACCAAACCUUUCGAGAUUCGAAGCCGAAACCGAGGUCACGAGGGGGAAAUGACAGACCUGGCCGAGGAGGAGCAAGCAAGAGAGGAGGAGGUGGUGGCUUAGGCGGUGGUCUGGCCGAUUCAAAAUGGGCGAUUAAGCCGUCGUCGAAACCUACUACUAGUACUACAACGACAGAGGCGGAGCAGAGCGUGAAGCAGCCAUCCUCAACCGGUGAGCCGCAACCGGAGGCAGAAAAGCCAGCGACGGCAACUCCAGCGGCAGGCACAGAACAAGGACAAUCCACCACUACCACGACCGCCGCCGCAGGUACCACGCCCGCCCGUCCUCCAGCCGUGCGAGGCGACCGCACAGCAACCGGGGGCCUACGCAAACCCAAGCUCACAGAAGAAGAACUCAGCGCCAAACUAGCGGCAGCAAAGGAGCGAUCCCAAAACGUGGCGGCAGCAUACGCUCGAGCACAGGCGGACGCCGCGAAUUUUGAAGAGCGGGAGCGCAUCGCGAACGAGAGGCGGGAGAAGGACCGUGCUGAGCGAAGAGUCAUGGAUAAAGAGAGAGAAAAGAACCGACAGCGCAAGAUGGCCGUCAUGGGUGGUCGGGAAUGGGACGCCGGUAAGAACGAGGAGGAUUUCAAAACGACACAUGGCAACGGACGCGGUGGGCCGCGCAGGUUCCAAGCCGGCGGUCUGACGCCAGAGCAACAGUAUCAGGCUGAGCAGGACGAUCUUAGAAUGUAUGAGUGGCGUGAUGAUGAUCGAGGAGGCCGUGGCAGGGGCGGCAGAGGUGGUAGGGGCAGAGGCGGUGGCGGACGAGGAAGAGGUGGUGGAAGAGGUGGUCGAGAUAGUGACCGUUUAAGCAAUCAGCAGCAGCCGUCUUGGUCUGAUGAUAAGGACUUCCCGGCUUUGCCUGCUGCGAGUUGGAGUUCGACUUCAACGGCACAGAAGGAGCCUUCAAAUGAUGCCACGGGUACCAGUACCCCGAGGCCAACUGCUCAGAGAAUUGAUUCGGCGCAGGGCAAUACCGGGGAAAGCUGGGCAGAGCAGGUCGAGUCCAGCGAGGCUGGAAAGGCCGAAACUGCCUAG